UCUAUAUAUAUUCCACCAUCUCCCAAGCUUUUCUCAUACCAUUCAACCCCAAAGCUCACUUUUCUCCCUUCAAAUCAACUCAAUUUCUCAAUUUUAAAUGGGUGAGAAAAGCAAGAUCUUGAUCAUCGGAGGAACGGGGUACAUCGGAAAGUUUAUAGUGGAGGCAAGUGCAAAAGAGGGACACCCGACGUUCGUUUUGGUCCGAGAAAGAACCACCAAACAUCCCGAGAAAGCCAAGCUUUUAGAGAAUUUCAAAAGUCUUGGUGCCACACUCGUUACUGGGAAUAUUUAUGAUCAUGAAAGUUUGGUGAAAGCGAUAAAGCAAGUUGAUGUUGUGAUAUCGACCGUAGGUGGAGAGUCCAUAGCUGACCAAGUCAAACUUAUUGCAGCUAUUAAAGAAGCUGGAAAUGUCAAGAGAUUUCUGCCUUCGGAGUUCGGAACCGAUGUUGACCAUGUCAACGCAAUUGAGCCAGCCAAAAGCGUCUUUAAAGGGAAGGCAGACAUCCGUAGAGCGAUCGAAGCUGCAGGAAUCCCACACACUUUUGUCGCAUGCAAUGGUUUUGCCGGCUACUUUUUACCCACUGUGGGCCAGAUGGACACCUACAGUGCCCCUCGAGAAAAAAUUACAAUCCUUGGGGAUGGAAACAAGAAAGCCGUUUUUGUCAAAGAAGAGGAUAUAGCUUUGUAUACCAUCAAAGCAGUCGACGAUACACGUACCUUGAACAAGACAUUGAUUUUUAGACCCCCGGCCAACGUAUUGUCCUUUAAUGAAAUUGUUUCCAUCUGGGAAAGCAAAAUCGGGAAGACCCUCGAGAAAACGUAUCUUUCUGAAGAUCAACUGAUCAAAAACAUCCAAGAGGCUCCAUUUGGAUUAAGCAUCGUAUUGUCUAUAAUGCAUUCCGUUUUGAUUAACGGAGAUGCAACAAACUUCGAGAUUGAACCUUCGUUUGGUGUGGAGCCCUGCUCGCUUUAUCCAGAGUUGAAGUACACCACGAUUGACGAAUAUCUUACUCAAUUUGCUUAAAGUCUUUGCCUCGUGAUCGCUUUUUUAUCUGCUUUUGAUAGAAGAAAAGACAUUUAAUAUUGUGUCAUCUUGUUGCAUAUUUCCAUACUUUUUUUUCUCCUUACUGCUUUUAUCUUUCAUUACACGACCAUUUGUUGUUGUAUUUAGGGUUACCAUUUGGGAUCUGUCCUAUUUGGAGAGUGGUCAUGCGUUUGGCUGGUAGUUAUCAUGCCAUUUAGGGGUAAUUUUUUUAAUAAAAUUGUCAAAUUAUAAUA